AUGACGGCGCCUUUUGGAUGGCUCUUCGGUGCUGCAGAUGGUGUUUGCGCCAAACUUUAUACGAUACCAUCAUGCGUCUGGGAACGUGCUCCUCCUCUUUCGUCCUCGCCACUGAGAAUACAGGAUCAAUUGCGGCUCAUCCAUGCUUCUCCCGAUUCUACUGCGGCGAACCAGUCAGAGCCCCGCUCGUGGGAGGAUAUGCCCACGCUGUGA